CUUUCUUUUCUGCUUUCUCGGCAAAUUCCGUCGGUACAAGACCGGAAACAGACUAUAGUGGUAUUUUUACGGUCAGAGUGUGUUCUCCCAUGCGUGACGGGCCGGGAAAUUCAGAGAGCGUCUGCUUUCUCCGUAAAUGCGAGGAAGGAAGCAAUGGAUAAAAUGACUUUUCCUGCACACGGGUAGAUUUUAUGUGUCCCAGUCUUGUGGUAAAAACAUGGUUUCCAACACCUGGUUUGUCUUUGUUUUUUGGACUCUAUUUUUACCUGCAAUCGAAUGCCAAGAUGAUAUUGGAUUAUUCCCAAACAUUCUGAAUUUGGCAACAAGGUCAACCAUAAGUGUUAAUGCAACCUGUGGAGAAGAAAAGAGUGAAGUAUUCUGUAAGCUUGUAGACCAUGUCAAGAUUUUCCCGUACAAGAACUCGCAUUGUGACAUCUGCGACGCUAGAAGCCGAGAUGAAAGACAGCGACAUCCAAUAACUAAUGCUAUAAAUGGGAGGAAUUCCUGGUGGCAAAGUCCCACCCUCACCAACGGAGCAAAGUUUAACUAUGUCACCAUUACCCUUGACCUCAAGCAGGUUUACCAGGUAGCUUACGUCAUAGUAAAGGCAGCCAACUCCCCACGGCCGGGGAACUGGAUUCUGGAAAGAUCCAUUGAUGGCGUGAAUUUUCAGCCCUGGCAGUACUUUGGUCUUCGAAAUCGAGACUGCAAAAAAUUGUACGGCAUAAAGGCCAGUCGUAAAAUUCCCACCUACCUCAGAGAUGACGAGGUUAUCUGUACAACAAAAUACUCAAAAAUCUACCCACUGGAAAAUGGAGAAAUUUUCAUAUCGCUUGUCAAUGGGAGACCGGGAGUAAAGAAUCCGAGCCCAACUCUGCUGGAGUUUACCUCAGCUCGCUAUGUCAGACUGAGAUUACAGAAGAUAAGGACACUCAAUGCUGACCUCAUGACCUUCAGGUCAUCCAGUGACCUCAAGUUCAUCGAUCCAUCUGUUACCAGGAGGUACUUUUAUUCCAUCAAAGAUAUUUCCAUUGGAGGGCAGUGUAUCUGCUAUGGUCAUGCUUCCGUUUGUUUACCUCGACCCAACUCAGAUAGGCUUUAUUGUGAGUGCAAGCACAACACUUGUGGCAAUAAUUGUGAAAAAUGUUGUGAAUUCUACUACCAAAAACCAUGGCGACCAGGGAACAAUGGCCUCAAAUGUGAAAAAUGCAACUGUCAUGGCCAUUCCACAGAGUGUGUGUAUAAUGCCACAGUGGAUGCAAUGAGGCUCAGUCUUAACACAGCGGGGGAGUAUGAUGGGGGAGGAGUCUGUAUAGACUGUAAGGACUAUACCACUGGAAUAAACUGUGAGAGAUGUCUGGAUGGAUAUUACCGCCCACUCGGGGAAACCCCUCACUCUCGGUAUCCUUGUAGACCAUGUAGAUGUGAAGUCACUCUUGGGUCUACAGGAAAAUGUGUUCCAGAUGACAGCUUGAUGAGUGAAGGAAAAAGACCCGGAGACUGUGAGUGUAAGGAGGGCUAUGGGGGACCCACCUGUCAGGAGUGUGCCUUUGGUUACUAUGGAUACCCAUACUGUAAGCCCUGUCCCUGUAACAGUGCUGGAACAUUGAGCUCACAACAAUGCAGUGGCAACUGUGUUUGUAAGGAGAAUGUUGAGGGCGUCAAAUGUGACCGGUGUAAGCGGGGCUUCUUUAACCUUCACAAGGACAAUCCUGUGGGCUGCAUGCCGUGUUUCUGUUUCGGAGUGUCCUCUGUCUGUCAGUCCUCUAAUCUUGGUCUCAUCAAGGUUGUGGACAUGUCGGAUGGUAUGAGUGGCUGGGCUGUAACCUCGGUCAACAUCAAUGGCUUCACCUAUUUCAUACAGAAGAAUGAGGAAGGAUGGCUUGUGUACAGAGCCUACCCAGCCAAUCAGAACUCUCUAAACCCCUCCGAGGAUACGGUGGUGUAUUACUGGCAGGCACCACUCAAAUACCUUGGAAAUCGGUUGACGUCAUAUGGAGGAAGUCUGAGAUACACAGUGAAGUAUGAGACUGAUCGUACUGUACCGUACCAGCGACACAUGUAUGGAGUAGAUGUCAUCAUCCAGAGUGGUAAUAUGACCAUUGUGAAUGGGAAGAGCUAUCUGAGGGAGAAUGUUCAAGAGGAGAGAUCAGUGGUGCUGAAUGAAUCCAGUUGGUUCCAGUUAGUGAAGAGUGACCGCUAUGAGACCCUGCAGCCCAUCACCAAAAAGGAAUUCAUGAUAAUCCUGUUCAACAUUGAGAGACUUCUGAUACGGGCGACAUAUCACUCUGCUCAAAACACUGUGUAUUUACGUGAUGUCACACUGGAUGCUGUGAGUGCUCUGUCUAACAGCUCAGUCACACUCAGGGCGGUAGAGAAAUGUUCCUGUCCCCGGGGCUACCAGGGUCUCUCCUGUGAAAUGUGUGAGCCUGGGUUUCGUAGAGUGGGAAACAAGCUGUACGGAGGAAUGUGCUUACCUUGUAACUGCAACAACCAUGCUGAGCGCUGUGAUAUCAACACUGGAAGGUGUAUUAAUUGUCAGCAUUUCACAACGGGAGAAAACUGUGACACAUGUCUGCCUGGUUACUAUGGUGACCCUCGCCGUGGAGAGGAAGAUGACUGCAAACCAUGUGCAUGUCCUCUGCUGGAACCAACCAAUCAGUUCUCUGCUUCAUGUCAGCUGAUACCGCAAGUUGGAAACUAUGACAACUACAAGUGUGAUAAGUGUGCUGUUGGCUACACAGGAAACAGAUGUGAAAGAUGUGCCCCUGGUUACUACGGGGAUCCAACAAAAGUUGGUGGAUCCUGUCGGCCAUGUUCUUGUGGGGGUAAUAUUGACGGGGGAGACCCUGGGGGCUGUGACAGGGAGACAGGGGAGUGCCUGAAGUGUCUGAACCACACUGAGGGGCCCAACUGUCAGCGGUGUCAGGAUGGGUACUACGGAAGAGCGGUCAACGGCGACUGUACAGCAUGUAAUUGUGAUAUGAAUGGCUCGGUGAAUGGGUCAUGUGACCAGUAUUCCGGGCGCUGUAUUUGCAAGGACAGGUUUUAUGGAAGACGUUGUGAUCAAUGCCAGCCUGGGUAUGGGAGUGUAGAGGAGGGGUGUAUCCCCUGUGACUGUGACCCGGUCGGAUCACGGGGGUCGUUGUGUGACAGUUAUACCGGCCAGUGCUUCUGUAAUAUAGGUGUUGUUGGUAGGAAGUGUGACAGUUGUCAGCCGGGAUUUUUCGGAUUCUCAUCACGUGGUUGCAAGGACUGUGGAUGUAACACACAAGGAACCAAUCAAACGGAGCCCUGUGAUGACAUCACAGGGAUCUGUAACUGUCUGCCCAAUGUCAUUGGAUCACGCUGCAAUACCUGUCAGGAAAAUUUCUGGGGUCUGGGUACUGGGAACGGCUGCACCCCCUGUGAGUGUGACAGACUGGGGUCAGUCUAUUCCCAGUGUGACCAGAGGACUGGACAGUGUACUUGUAGACCUGAGGUGGAGGGUCAACAGUGUGACCAAUGCCGACCGGGCUAUUAUGGAUUCUCCAUCAGUGGCUGUAAACGAUGUCAGCCUUGUGAUAAGCCUGGCCAUGUGUGUGAUCCAGUCACGGGUCGGUGUGUCUGUCCCCCCCUUACCACCGGACCACAGUGUGGUCAGUGCCAGCCCAACACCUGGGGUCAUGAUAGAGUAACAGGUUGCAAACUUUGCAACUGUGAUCCACGGACAGCAGAGUCCAGACAGUGUGACCUGAUUACUGGACAGUGCACCUGUAAGGCGGACUACACAGGUGAUAAGUGUGACCAGUGCUCACCUGGCUUCUACAAUCACCCGAACUGUCAGCUCUGUCUGUGUAGUGCUGAUGGUACCGACCCUAGCAGCUGUAACAAUUCCACGGGGGUCUGUCAGUGUGAUAACAGGGGGCAGUGUCAAUGCAAGAACAAUGUUGAGACUCGUACCUGUGCUCGUUGUCGCCCAGGAUCCUUCAGUCUGGACCGAACCAACCCCUAUGGCUGCACAGAGUGUUUCUGUUUCGAGCGAUCCAACAGAUGUGACCAGGUUCCAUAUGUCUGGAGAAAGGUAGAGAUUCCUGGGAGCAGUAUUUCCUUUGACCCCCGUGUUACAGACAAGGUGACUCUACAGUAUAAAUCUUACGCUGUCAUUCCUCGCAAUUCUACAUGGACAGCUGUACCACAGUCCUUAGCAUCUAAACCGAUCUACUGGAGUCUCCCUGAUAGCUAUCUUGGAGAUUGGACCUUAUCGUACAAUGGAAAGAUGAGAUUUGAGGUUGAAUACAGAUCUGAUAAAGGACCUCCAUCCCGAGGCGUUGACAGUCCGGAUGUUGUGGUCAUCGGGAACAGCUUCCAGAUGGUUCACAAAACAUCAACACCCUGGUCUCAAAGAGGAGAGAAAUCAAUUUCUGUCAAGUUUCAUCCAACAGAGUGGAUGAUUGUUGGAUAUGGAAAUGCUACCAGGAGUUUGAUGAUGAUUGUUCUACAAAAUGUCACAGAGGUUUACAUAAUAGCCACACCAGAUGACCAAGCCAGAGCUGCCACGUUGAGGUUUUUGUCUGUGGACAGUGCCCAGCCAGGAAAUGGUAGCACAGAUAACCCAGCCCUGGGUGUGGAGAUUUGUCAGUGUCCCCAGCAGUACUCCGGACUCUCUUGUCAGGACCCAGCAGAUGGUUACUACCGACUGAAGCACAAUGUAACCACAGAUAUAUCUCAUCCAAUUGUGGUGAUCGGGGAGGUGGUUCGCUGUAACUGUCACCGACACUCGGACACCUGUGAUCGGGAGACUGGAGUGUGUCAGAACUGUCAGCACAACACUACAGGAGGUCAGUGCCAAAGAUGUCUGCCUGGUUUCUAUGGAGACGCUACCAGAGGUUCAUCGGUGGACUGUCAACCCUGUAUCUGCCCUACCAUAGAAAAUAAUUUUAGCAGUACAUGUGAAAUAAGGCGUGGUCAGCUGAUAUGCACUAACUGCACAGAGGGUUACACAGGGACAAGAUGUGAAUCAUGUGCUGAUGGUUACUAUGGGAACCCAAGACAAGCUGGUGGUCAUUGUUUGCCGUGUGAUUGUAAUUCUGAGGGCUCGGUAUCGUCUUCCUGUAACUUCCAGGGCCAGUGUGGGUGUCUUCCAGGAAUAACUGGAGACAAAUGUGAUGGAUGUCAGCCGCGACAUGCUGUGGAGGAUGGAAGAUGUGUCUCAUGUGAUGAGGGUUGUACAGCUGACCUAAUGAAAGAGCUUGAUGACCUGAGUAACAUGACUCGUCAGGUCAACCUCACAGGCAAACUUCCUGUUCCGUGGAACCAGCUGUGGAGAAUUCAAAAUGAAACAAUUUUACUCAAGGAAGAGUUGGAGACUAUCAGGACAGCCGAACUGAGUCAUUUGAAAUCACAGGCAAAUGACCUUGAGCGAGAGGCCGACUCUCUUCUCACUGAAUCUAGGAGAGCCAAACUUCAGGCGACUCCUCUGGAGGAGAAAGCUGUAUCUCUGAGGAACAAUGCCACAAACCUGGAGGCCGACCUCAAUGAAACAAUCAGAGACAUGAAAGACUUUGUGGAGAAGCUGGUGGAUACGGUGCAAAGUCUGUUCCACAAUAAAAGUGGAAUCAAUGUGACUGAUGCUCUAGAAAAGGUCAAGGUCAUCCUGAAGGAGAUCAAGGACAGGAAUUUCACAACAACACUAGAUAGAGCCAUCAAGGAGAACAAAUUAGCAGAAGAAUUGUCAGAGAAAUUGUUAAAUAUGACGAACAAGCUUGUGAAUACCUCUGGAAUAAUGGAUGACAUUCAGGCUCUAUUGGAUAAGCUGCUGGACCUCCAGAGGCAUUCCAACGAGUCCAAGAAACAGUCUGACGAAGUGUUCACCCUGAUUAGUGGCAUAUCCAGAAUGCAGAAUUCAACAAUGGACACGGUGCUGGAAAUAGACCAGAACUAUGAUAACUUGAUCGACGUUUUAGGGGAGGGACACACACUCAACCUAGAGGCAGCAGAUCAACUCAGACAGGUCAAGGAAAACAUUGAGGAUAUAGAAAAGAAAGCAAGUAUUUUUGACCAGAUUUUGCCUGAACUUAGAAAGAAAGUCAAUGGCACAAAAUCCCAGAUACCAGCCGUAGAAAGUAAAGUCAGAGAGGCUGAAAGUCACGCCAGGAAUCUGUCAAACUAUGCCGAACAGUUAGAGAGGGAAUUUGAAAAAACCAAAGCAGAUGCGGCUGAUCCCCUGAAGGCAGCCCAGGUGUAUAGUAAUAUCGUGAAGGCUGUCAAUGAGGCGGAGGAAGCCGCCAAACGAGCAAUCCAGGCAGCUGAGGAGUCCAUCAAAAUUGCUGGAGUGAAAAACAUCACUGAUGAAGUGUCGCGCUCCCUGAACAAGAGCAGAGAACUCCUGAGACAGGCCAAGCAAACUCUGAGGAAAGUCCCUGAGUUAGAUAGGCAGCUAGAUGUUUUAAACAAAGAUUUGCUUGGACUGGAAGAAGAACAGAGCCAGAUCAGACAGGGACAGUCAGAUAUCAGGGACAUUCUCAACCUCCUGCCUGAUGAUCUGAGUGACAGAGCUUCAAAGGUUUCCAAGGAUAUGGACAAGACCUCCAAUGAUGUAAAAGCACUGGACAAAAAAGUAGAUGAUAUUGAAAACAACAUUCAGAACUCUCUCAUCCCCAAGUUCAAUCAGAUCAAGAAUGUUAGAUUGGAUGAGGUCUUUGAAAACAUUGAAAAUUCAAUUGACACGGCUAAGGAGAAUGUGAAGCAGAUUGGCGCCAUUGUUGAGGGAGUGGAAGCUGCCGCUAACAGAACCAUAACCGCUGAGUCAAGACUCAAUGACAAACUCAAGAUGCUCAGGGACAACAUCAAACAGGCUCGUGCUCAGGCAGAAAAGGUGAAGGUGUCCCUGUCAGCCAGCGGUCAGUGUGUGAGGUCCUACCACUCCAAGUCUGUCCCCGGGGUCACCAACAAAAUCAGCUUCUCCUUCAAGACAAACAACACUACCAACAACCAGAUCUUCCUGCUGCUGCAGAAAUCUCCCACAGAAUUUCUAGCAGUGGAGAUGAUAAAUGCGAAGAUUCAGUUUUCCUGGAAUGUUGGUGCUGGCGUGGGGAGCGUUACCAGUGACCUUCCCAUUCAGAGUGAGGCUAACUUCAUCAAUACCAUUGACAAAUGGUACCAUGUCAAAGCCGACAGGCUUGGAAGAAUUGGAACAUUGGAAGUCAGUAAGCUCUCUAAUGUAAAUGCUGCUAAGAAAGUGACUGGGGUCUCUCCCGUGGGCCGAUCUUUCCUGAGGCUUGAUGAGAACUCUGAUCUGUAUGUGGCUGGUGUGCCUUAUGGAAUAGAGAAAUCAUCAGAAUUGAGAAGCACAUCCAAUUUCUCCGGAUGUAUGAAUGAAAUGUACAUUGAUGAUCAGAAAAUUGGACUUCACAACUUUAAGACCACCUCCAAACAAGGCUGUUGGGGGUGCAGAAAUGUGCCUGCAGCCAAUGUGGAACAGACUGGCACCUUCCACUUCGAUGGGUUGGGGUAUUCAGCCAAACCUCAGGUCAGAUCUUACAGAAGCACAACAUUUUACGUAAAGAUGGAGUUCAAGACGUUCUGGAGAGACGCCAUCUUGCUGUUCACUGGAAACAAUAAAACUGGAGAUUUUCUAUAUAUCGGUAUACAAGAUCAGAAACUGGUCCUGCAGAUCUAUACUGGUGGCGACAGUUAUCUUUCAAUUUCCAGCGCAUUAACGUAUAACGAUAACAAGUGGCAUACCAUAGUUACAGAGCGAGCCAAUCUGGAUGCAUACCUUCAAGUAGACGGCACAGACAUGAAAUUCCUCACUGCCAAUGGCAGUAAUACUGGUCUAGAAUUGAAAGGGAGACCACUCUAUUUCGGAGGAAUUCCAGAAAGCUACGAUUUGGAACCAUUUUUGAAGUGGGGGGCUAUAAAUAGAACUGGAUUCUUGGGCUGCCUCCGUCAGGUCCAGAUCCAGACCUUCUCCCAGGAUCUACUGACCGGUGAGACCGUCGGUGUCACCAAUGGUUGUCCAGCAGAGGGAUACAGAACUAUAGGUUUCUAUGGGAAUGGAUUUGCAAAAUACAAGGCUGCUACCCUUCCUGGGGAGAAAGGCGACAUUUCCCUGUCAUUUAGAACCACCCAGAGGGAUGCGCUAUUACUGCUGGCCUACGAUAAUGAUCAAAGGAACUUUUACUCCUUUGUUCUUGUUGAUGGGAAAGUUGAAGGAAGGUUUAGUACAAACAGUCUUCCACAGAAAAUAACCACAUCCAAGACUUUUAAUGAUGGGCAUUUGCACAAUGUAGCUAUUCAAAAAGUCGGAAACAGGAUUACAGUUUAUGUUGAUGACGAGGCACAGCUAGAAGAAGUGAUUCUUGGUAGAGAGGAGGUCAAUGUAGAUCACCUAUAUAUUGGGGGUGUCAUCGACUACAACUUCCCUCAGGGUCAAGCUAUGGCAGCCACAACCCAGGGGCUAGAGGGGUGUAUCAGUGACAUCAUCAUCAAUCAAAAGAUUCUCAACCUGAAUGCUCCUCUCCAGUUUGAGAGAGCUGACAUUGGAAGAUGUCGAUUGCCGACCAAUGGACAUUCCCACAACCUUCAGGAUGCUGGAACCACAAAACCACCUGCCACCACCCCUAAGACAUCCACCUCAAGACCCAGAGAUGUAAACCCAGUAACCACCACUGGUGGUCCUCCAGUUAGAUGUGCACAAACUCCUAAUCUACCGCAAAACAUUCGAUCACUUAUAUUUGGAAAUUCACCUAAGAGCCAUGGGAAAAUUGUGAUUGAUCCAGAGGAAGUUCAAGAGUCAUUCCAGAUAUCCUUUGACUUCCGUACAUUCUAUGAGAAUGGAUCCAUCUUUUUACUGAGCAAUGCCAACUACUCGGAGUAUAUAGCUGCUCAGAUUUUGAAAGGCUCUGUGGUAGUGUAUUGGACAAAUAAUGGUGGAAAGAUAAAGAAAUAUGUCUCCUCCAAAGUUGUCAAUAGUGGUCAAUGGCACACUGCUAUCGUCUCCAAAGACCGGCGGAGAAUCAGCCUGGAGGUGGAUGGGAAGACGGAGAUGGACAAACAGAGGAUUCCCAAGAAGUUGUCUAUAACCUCCCCCAUGAUUGUCGGAAGCCUUGUAGAUGAUAUCAACAUUAAUAAUGAUGACUUGAUUAGGCACAGCUUGCGUGGAUGUAUGAAGAACUUCAUUGUUAACACUAAGAGUAUAAUGAUAGCUGACGCUACACAAGUACAGGGAGUCACCACAUGUUAUAUAAAUAUGGAGCCUGGGGUUUUCAUGAACAAAAACUCCUAUGGAGUUAUAGCCAACAGGUAUUCAGUUGGUCGAGAAAUGAAGAUAGCGUUAGAAUUCCGCACCCACAAGCCCAACGGUAUCCUCCUAUCUAUUACCGACAACCAGGCUGUCACACUGGAGCUACACCAGGGCAAGGUGAAGUUCUCGGUGUUCAAUGUAGCCCUUUUCACUGCAACGACUAAGGAGACGAACCUCUGUGACGACCGGUGGCACUCUGUGGAAGCCAAGCUGAUCGGGAAUGUUGUGGAGCUGGUGGUUGACGGCGGUGAUUCCCAGUACGGCAGCAGUCAGAAUACCGCCAGGAAUGUCACCACCUCCUCCGCCCUCUAUGUGGGAGGAGUGCCAGACUAUGCAGUGAAGCAGAUAGCUUCAUUUAAUCAGAUGGAAGGAACAGCAGAGGGAUUUGAGGGCUGUCUAAGAAACUUCAAGAUAGACUCCACCCCGAGUGUGAGAAAGAGAAUGGUAGACAGAGAGACAUACUUAUCUUUGAUUAUACGUGUAUUAAAUGGAGUUAUUGCUGGAUUGGAUUUUGAAGACACAGACUUAAUAGAAGAAAAGAAAACCAGUGAUAAAAAGUCUGGAUUAAAAUCUUAUAAUGCCAAAGUCUGUGGCCCAUUGUGGUUUGAACAUUGUGAAAUUCUGGAUGCAGAAACAACAGCCAAUAUAUGUAAAUUCAGAGGAGACCACAAAUACUACAAUAAACAGUAUGAAGAGGCUCUAUUAUGCUACAGACAAGCACUGGAAAGCCUUCCAAUGACCAACAGAUGUAUGCGUCAUGAUUUAAAUGAAUCGAUAGCCAGGUGUUAUGUGGCCUUAGAUAAAACAGCGGAGGCUGUUGAUCUUGCUCAAAACUUGAUUGAGGCGGACAUAGAAAAGCUGAAUCCAUCAGAAUCGUGCUUAGCUUGUGCUAAAAAGGUUCUCUUAGUGUGUGUGGUUUAUAGAAGGCAGUGUACCUGUGGUUCAUCCACUACAAUACCAGGUGUGCUCAGCUCCUCAGGGGUAGGGACUGUAUUGUGGCAUCCAACAGGAGACACCACUACACUAGUAGGACUAACAGACAGUCAUAUCAUCACUUGGGACUUUGAUGCCUCAUCAUCUGUAGCCAAGGUGAAAGAUUCUACAGGACUUGAGAGUAAAGGUCAACCAAAGUUCACAUGUGUGAGAUGGAAUCCCCAUCAUAACUGCACACAGGUGGCCACUGCCAAUGACUCUUGUAUCAGAGGAUGGGACUUAAGAUCAAUGCAACAAAUUUAUCACAUAGAAAAUGCUCAUGGUCAACUAGUGAGAGAUAUUGACUUCAAUCCUAAUAAACAGUAUUACUUGGUGAGUUGUGGUGAUGACUGUAAAAUUAAAUUCUGGGACACAAGAAACACAUCAGAGCCUCUAAAAGUCCUGUCAGAGCAUUCACACUGGGUGUGGUCCGUGAAGUACAACCAUUUUCAUGACCAGCUCCUCCUGAGUUCUAGCAGCGACAGUCGAGUCAUCCUACACAGUGUGGUUUCCCUUUCCUCUGAACCUUACGGUCAUCUCGCAGAAAAUGAGGAGGAUAGUGAUGAAGACACGGAAGAGAAGUCAUUGGAGCCACUUAAGGAUGGAGUGAUUGCCACAUAUGAGGAACACGAGGACAGUGUUUACGCCUCCUGUUGGUCGACUGCUGACCCUUGGGUAUUCGCCUCCCUCAGUUAUGAUGGUCGUCUGGUGAUCAACAAAGUUCCACGAGCAGAAAAAUACAAAAUUCUACUAUGAAUGGAUCUCCUGAUAUUCUGAUUUUUAGACAUUCCUGUAUCUUAUCAAACAUUUUAAAAGAAUGUUUGAAAUCAAGAUACAUUUCGGUGCAAUUUAUUGUGAUAUAUUAUUGAGUAAAUGUUAUAUACACA